AUGUUUGCCGCCGCGAACAACAACAACAUCACGAUGAUGUUGCCGCUGAGAGGCGGAGGAGGAGGAGCGAGAGGGAAACAAAAGAGAAGAGUGGGAGUCGUUCUUCGGGGUCGCACUUUUGCUGCUGCCGCUUUUGCCGCCGCGGAAGAGAAGAGACGACCUUCUCGGUAUUCUUCUUCUUCUUCUUCUUCUUCUUCUUCUUCUUCUUCUUCUUCUUCUUCUUCUUCUUCUUCUUCUUCGAGCGACACUAAUGAGAAUUACGCCGACGAUGAUUUUACUAACGAACGAGGCGGCGGAGGAAAAAAGAAGAACAGACGACCCCGAGGAUGGGAUACCGCGGAUAAAGCGUACGCAAAAUUCGGAACGAAGAAAAGAGAAGAGAAUUACGACGACGAUGAGAGCGCGAGCUACAACAACAACAACAGAGGUAGACAACAACAACUACAACAACAAGAAAGAGCGGUGCCUUUGGACGAAUUGGAGCGAAAGCAAAUCGCUUUGGAGAGACAAAAACUGCGAGGAGGAAGAAAAUACGCCGACGACUUUGAGGAGUACGAAAACACCGAAGAGGACGACGUGGACGAUUUAGCCGGAUGGUCUCGAUUUGCCAACGAGAGUGGGAUCAAGGAAGGAGUUUCGUCGAGCAGCAGCAGCAGCAGCAGCAGCAGCAGCAGCAGCAGAGUUAAAAAGGUUAUAUCGUCGUCUUCUCCGCCAAAAGUCGCGGUCCAAUCCAAGUAUAAAAGAGGAGGCUUACGGCCGUGGGAGACGCAAAGAAUGGAAAGAGAGAAGAAAAAGGAAGCCGAGCAGCAGCGGCGAGAACCACAGAGAAGAGACUCUUAUUACAACCACAAUGACGAUGAUGAUGAUGAUAGUAAUGAAAAACAAUUAUCGGACAACGCGUUUGUCAACGCCGGUUUAGAAGCCAUCACGGCGGAAAAUUUAAACAAAGCUGGCUUGAAAAGACCAACAGAGAUUCAAAAGUUAGCUACGCCAGAACUCAUUGAAGGAAACUCUGCGGUGAUAUUAGCCGAAACUGGUUCUGGGAAGACGUUCGCGUAUACUUUACCGCUCAUGUCCCAGGUGGCGGCGCCGGGAAGGGAGGCACGAAAGUUAGCGGAAGAUGUUUUGGCGAGGCAAGUCUCAAAAAUGGCCGAAUUAUGUUCAAUUUGGUGUCAACGAACUGAUUUAGAGUUACCGGCGCCGACGGUGUUUUCCAUUUUCGGUAAGGAGAAGAAAUUGUUGAAACCGACGAGUUUGAAACAACGGAAAAACACAAAUAAUCGAAAUCGAAAAUACGUCGCGAGUAAAUCUUCGACGACGACGAAAGCUGGAAAGAAAGGGAACAAAAUCAUUGGCGAUUUAGAAGAAGCCAUACCAGAAUUUCGACGAGCAGACGUUUUGAUAUGCACGCCAGCUCGCUUAUUAGCUUUGGCGAAAGACGAGUGGGUGUUGUUUGGUCGUCUCAAACAUUUCGUCGUGGACGAGUGCGACGAGAUGCUCUCUAGAGGAUUCGCGGACGAUGUUAAACAUUUAAUCGAUUUAACGUACGGAGAGAACGCGGAUGGUGUCAAUAAGUUUGGCGCGAAAGUGCAAUACGUGUUUGCAGCCGCGACUUUGAAAGAUUCCGAACCGAUUUUCGAAUCGUUUCAAGGCGAUCUGUCUUGGAUUUCCACCGGGUAUUUCGGAAAGUUGCACCCGCAACUGGAACAAGAGGUUGUAAUGAUAGAAAGAGAAGAAGAAGAAGAAGAAGAAGAAGAAGAAGAAAAAGAAACAGAGAGUCAUGAGAAUGAGGAUGAGAAUGAUAAUGAUGAUGAUAUGGAGAAGGCGCAGCAACGGAAAAGAAGAGAAAAUAGUAUACGAACGAGGAAAAACAAAGCGUUGGUGGAAGCGUUGCGAAAGCGGAAAGAGUACAAGUCGUUGGUCUUUGCAAACUCGCCGGUAGAGGCGGACGAAAUCGUCGAAUACUUGAAUACUAAUACCGAUAUAAACGGAGAAGAAAACAACAGCAGUGGAAUGUAUUCUAUGGCGUUUCACGGGAAAGCGAAGGAGAGAGGCGUGGUGUUGGACGAUUUCAUCUCUGGAGAGUUAAAAGUGUGCGUCUGUACAGAUUUAGCGGCUCGAGGCAUUGACUUCCCGGAGCUCCAUCACGUGGUGCAUUACUCUUUAGCCGAUUCUGCGGCUAUGCACAUACACAGAACGGGAAGAACUGCCAGAGCUGGUCAGCCUGGACCGUAUUAUUGCACGGUAUUGUACGACAAAGAGGAAAUUGUUGUUGAGGAUAUUGGAGACGACUUGAAAGAGUUGCUCGAAUUGACAAAAUCAAAGUCAUCGCCUCGCAAGCAAUAUCAACGCGGUGGCAACAACACCAUUUAA